UGUCGAUUAGGAAGAAUUUACAUGCUCUCGACAAGGUGCAAACUAAAUGACGUAGUUUAAAACUAUAAAAGUAGUCGCCUUUAACUGCUGAACUCAUUAUUAAUGAAAUUGAGGCAGAAAUAUUAUUUGAAAAGUUUAAUGCGGUUAUUAAUAUGAAGAAAUUGACAAGGUUUGCUUGGGCGCUUCUGCCAUUACUCGGUGGAGUAUUGUGUGAAAAUAAUACUUCUACGAAUUCAUCGGAUCCUAAUAAGGAUAUGUAUGUCAUACACGCUAUGGUGUAUCAAGUUGGUAUUUUAACCAACAAAACUGACGAUAAUGGUUCUAACAUUACCCUGGGAAAUCAAGAGGCUCUUACAUUCUACCACACUAACGGCUCCAAAGUUGAUUUGAGUAAUAUCCCUGCUCCAUUGCUUACCAACGUGACGGCCCAAAGCAUGGUCCAAGUGGCUCCAAAGCAUGGUCCAAGUGGAGACAAGUCACAAGUGUCGUGGUCAGCAUUAAAAAACUUGGCAUCUUUACCGCAAUUUGCCCCGGGAAUCAAAUCAUCAGGAAAUGUACCUAUGAACAUCGCAAAACGCAGCAUAUUUGAUGAGGACAUGCCUGAAAUGAUGGGUGAGUUAGAGUACUUCGAUGUUCCUGGAUCAGCCGUUAAUAAAAGAUCAGCGGAUAGUCUUACAGAUCUAUUUAAAAGGGACGCAUCUGACAAAGCUACGGUCAAAGUGGUGAAGGGCGCAGCGGUGAUACCCCAGGGGGCGGGAGUGCAAUCGAUCGCGCUGCCGCCGCUGUUGUCGCUCAACAAUAACCUCUCCGACAUACCGGUCCCAAUACCCAACACUUCGAUAGUGCACUACGCUAAAAUCAACACGGUCGUACGCAAACCGUGAAACUGCGAGAUAUGGGACUAUAUGAUAAGGACGAUCGGCGACUUAUGAUUGUUAUUCCAAGAUGUAGUUCUGUGGAUGACUAUGAUCUGUAUUUUGUCCAUUUUCUGAUUUUUAAUACCUACUUAUUUCACUUACCUACAAGUAGCUCUUAUCUAUGUAAUUAAAAUUUUAGCCAUGCAAAUAACGUUCGUCUACUUCGCUGUUCGUUUCUUCUUCGUCAAACAU